UCCAGUUUUCCAAGUAUACAUUGGUCAGUCAGCGAUGUAGCUGGGGAGUUGCCUCUACAAGUGCCAAGGAUUAGCACAUGACUGAAAACGUGGUUGCCACUGCAGAUUGCUUUCUGGAAAUCCUCCCCUGAACAGAGGGCCAUCAACUCCAGAAGCUCUCUUUUUGAAAUUGGACAGAGAGGCUUUCCUUGUCACUUUUGAUGGAGAAGUCUGAAAUCUACCAUAGUAAAAGAAUUAUCCAAAGGAAGCCUUAAUAUCAUGUACAGAGGUUUGUCUAGAAUUACUCGGAUUAUAGGAGAAGAAACUAAAAGAAGAGCAGCUGAGCUGUAAAUGGAGAUAAGUAGGAAGAAGGAAGGGCUAUUCUUAUCUUCUCCCCAGCUACAUCCACAUUUGAUGUCUAUUCCCUUUGGGCAUUGAUCUUCCAGGAUUAAGCCAAGGAAAGAAGAAGUAAAUCAGCCAAAUGGCACGGAAAUUGAGCAUUGAUCAACUUGAGGACCAAUUGAUAUGCCCUAUUUGCUUAGAGCUCUUCAAAGAGCCCUUGAUGCUACAAUGUGGACACUCUUACUGCAAGUCCUGUGUGGUGUCUCUCUCAGGUGAUCUGGAGAAACAGUUCCUUUGCCCAGUAUGCCGAAAGGCUGUGGACUAUAGCAGAUCACCACCCAAUGUCAACUUGGCUCGCAUCAUUGAGGCAAUUCAUGCCAUAGGCAACUCAGAUGAUAAUCAAAACUCUUGCCCUGAUCACCACAAUCCCCUCAGCCUUUUCUGUGAGCAAGACCAGGAAGUGAUUUGUGGCCUCUGUGGCACCAUUGGCACCCAUCAGCAGCAUAAAGUCAUGCCCAUCUCCACGGUCUACAGCAGGAUGAAGGAGGAACUCUCCAUGUUGAUAACAGAUGUGCAACAGCAGAAGAGAAGCCUUGAUGAACAUGUCAACAAAUUGAUGAAUAACAAAACUCGAAUUAUGAAUGAAUCUGAUGUCUUCAUGUGGGUAGUCAGAAAGCAGUUCCAGGAUCUGCAUAGGUAUAUUGAUGAAGAGAAAGCCAAAUUCCUGGGGCAGGUAGAAAGGAAAACAACUCGUAUCAUUGCCUCCAUUGAGGUUCAGGUGAGGCAGAGAGCAGACACCCUUCAGAAGCUAAAGGAGCUGGAAGACUCUCUGGAGAAAUUCAACAAUGAAGACCAGCUGGAUUUCAUACGUAAAUAUGGAUCUCUUCCCUCCAGGUCUGAACUUCCCUAUCAGCACCCAGCCGAAGGCAUAUACAGUGCAGUUUCUUUUAAGCCUGACUUCCACCAAGAGGAUGUAAAGAUGAUGGUGUGGAAGCGUCUGCUACGUAAAAUCCUCCCAGCUCCAGAAACGCUGAAGCUGGAUCCUGUGAGUGCUCAUCCUAUGCUUGAGCUGUCCAAGGAGAAUACUAUGGUGAAAUAUGGACUAUUCUUCCAACGGCGAGACAGCAAUCCUGACCGCUUUGACUACAGCAAUUGUAUCCUGGCUAAUAAGGGCUUCUCCUGGGGAAAGCACUACUGGGAGAUUAUUGUGGGCUCCAAGAGUCACUGGCGCCUGGGCAUCAUCAAGGGCACAGUCAACCGCAAAGGCAAACUGAUUAAGAGCCCAGAAAAUGGGGUCUGGCUCAUUGGCUUAAAAGAGGGCAAAGUAUAUGAGGCCUUCAAUACCAGCAGACUGGUUUUGCCGAUUUCAGCCCGACCCCAACAAAUUGGAGUCUACCUGCACUAUGAGAAGGGAGAACUAACCUUCUACAAUGCUGACAGCCCAGAUGAGCUGAUACCAAUCUAUACUUUCCAAGCAGAAUUCCAAGGCAAGCUAUACCCCAUUUUGGACAUGUGUUGGCAUGAGCGGGGUAUCCAUAACAACUUACCCAUUAUACUACCUACUCCCCAAAUGCUGCAGACUGAGGCUGACUGCACCAAUACUGAUGAGCCCACCAAGUUAUAAUACGAUAUAAUAUGCUACUAUUGUGUCAAGUUACUGGGAAAGCUCCAGACUGUCUUUAUGGGAGCAAUAAAUGCAAACUAAACUGUUUCUCUGAAUAGAACUCAUUCAAUUUAAAGAAUUCUAGAGACCUGCCUCAGGACUCUGUUUUGUUUUUAGUGCUGAGUAUAUAAGGGUAUUUUGCUUUAAGGGUCCAAAUCAAGCCUACAUAUAAAGCAACAGAGUGAACUCCAUGCCAAAGUGUGGAAUCUCAGUGACAUCUAUACUUCCCCACUAGUUAACUACUAACUAGAGGAUAGUUUAGUCCAAAAUUACAGGAGCUCACCUGAAAGGAACACUAUCUUUCCAUUGUUUUCAGUGGGUUUUUGCACAACUUCCUUGUGAUGUAUUGUUUGUGCCUAUGGAGGAAUUCAACUGGCAUUCUAGGAAAUGAUGCUCAGAAUCUAUUGCUUGGAACAAACAUCUGACUUUGCCUCUAGGCUGCUUCUGGGAAGCCUGCCAGGCAAUCUAUUUCAAAGGCCAAAUUUUUUCCUUCUUUCUGCUUUUCAGUCUUCUUUUUUCCUCUAUUGUUACCCAUUUUAGCAAGUUUUACAAAUCUGAAAGGCUAGUUCUAUUUAAUGUUAUUUAAAUCAAAAUGCCCAAAUUAAUAUUUUAUAUUCUAAACUUUCAUGCAAGAGUAUAAUGAAUGCAGUAAGUAAAUAUUUCAUCAAGAUUGUAAAAAAUGGCAAACCAGCACAAAUAACGCUAUCGUAAUGCAAGUAUAGCCUAAAAGGUUGAGCAAUUCAUUAAUUUCUAUCUGUACAUAUUAAUGCAUUAAAUUUGCUUACUUGGAGGAUUUUUUUCAGUUGCAGCACCGGCUUAUCAUGUCUCACUUCUUCUCUUUGCUAUUGGUGGUUUCUAUUUGCUUUUAGUGGCUUAAAAGCCAAUACUGUUUUUUAAUCUUUUAUACUGAAUAAAGUGAUUUUACAAUCUUUU